CGCACGCGCCUUUUUUAUAUAUCGGAUAACAACUCAAGACGAGUCUCUCAUUUAUAUAUGAAUAUGAAUAUUAUUUCGCCACAACUUCUAACUCAUCUCCGUGAGUAGAACCACUUUUCUUUUUGACAUCCACAACCACCGGACACGGAAAGUUACCCUUGACCCAUGCUGAGGUGGACUUUACCGGCAGGUACGAUCGGAAUUGAACUUCGUCUGAAUACCGGACCGACACUCCCUAGGUGUGAAAAAAAGCGCCUGUGGAAUUUGUAGUCAGCGCGGAAGAGACUCAUCCCGCGUGCAAAUUAAAUCUUUCCGCGCUCGGAGCGAGAGAACGGCGCGCGCGCGCAGCGGAGCCAAACCGCAAAGCGUGCGGGAAUUAGGAAGGGGGUUGGGGGGGGAAACGGACGGAGAUACGGCCGGUUGUUCCCAUUCAAUCCAGGCAUAUUGAGGAAGCGCCUGAUGUGGCUCCCAGCGGCACAGUUUUACUGCACUGAUCUCUCGUGUCACUGGGAGCGCGAGUCUCCCCCGGGAUUUUGCGCGUGAGGCCACGGCGCCGUGUUUAGACUGGACCGGCGAGUGCUGGGAAACAGGUGGAUCUGACCAAGAUGUCCGUGCUGCCUUCAAGGUUCAGCUACGUGUGUUUACAUUUUCUGGUCCUCUACUUCCAGUUACAGGAGUCGCACCAGAGUUCUGCAGACUUCCGCAUAUACAUUGAGAACCACACACGUGAUGACGUGAGUCGGAAACAGGUGCGGAUAUACCAGCUGUACAGCCGGACAACAGGGAAGCAUGUACAGAUCCUUGGCAAGAAGAUCAAUGCUAACGGAGACGAUGGGGGCAAGUACGCUCUCCUUAGUGUUGAGACAGAGACAUUUGGGAGUCGUGUUCGAAUAAAAGGACAACAAAGUGGCUACUAUAUCUGCAUGAACAAGAAUGGCAAAAUCAUUGGCAAGCUCAAUGGGAGUAACCCAGAGUGUGUGUUCGUGGAGGAGUUCUUGGAAAACAACUACACGGCGUUAGUGUCUGCCAAGUACAAAGGCUGGUACCUGGGCUUCAACCGUCGGGGCCGGCCCAAGAAAGGCUCACGGACCACACAGACACAGCAGGAAGUACAUUUCAUGAAACGUGGCCCUAAGGGCAAGGUGGACCCUCAGGAGGAGUUCCGUUUCACCACUGUAACGAAACGGACGCGUAGGGCACGGCGCUUAAGGCCAAACCAUAAAACAAACUGAAGUGACACAGACCAAGCAUGCACUCUUCCUUUACAGACAUCUCAAACUUCUUGCCUUAAACCAGCAUAAAGGUUAUUGUGAUUAAACAGCAGGAGAGGAAACCUGAAAGAUGGCUACAGGACAAAAAAAAAGUUCAAAGAUGUUUUAUUUUUAUAUUUUCGGAUCUCUGAGUCUCUCUUAGGUGUUGAAUGUCUCUGGGUUAUUAUUAAUGUUAUAUUGUGUCUGUUACUCUCUGUUAUUUAUAUUGGACAAACUAUGGAUGACAAAAAAGGAACUGUGGUCUCCCACUUUGACGAGUUUACAGCAGCAGGCAUCCUGUUGAAAAGGAGAGAUUUGACUCCAAUACCCAAGAAAAACUUCUAUAUUUCAUUUUGAAUUGGCCCAAACAACAAGGAUCUGGGUUUUUUUUUUCUGCUGGAGGAAUUUAAAUGCAAGAGGCACAUGAUAACGGGGUCAUAUGGCAGGACUCUGUACCAGCCAACACUAGCUUUGAGUGCAAUAUUUUGAAGGGCCCUCCAUGAAGCAUCUCAUUGCCUUCAUUUCUGCUCAGUGAUUUUUCUGUGAGAAGUCUGAGUGUUCUCUCUAGGCCUGUCUGUGGGUGAAGUGUGCUUAAUCACACCCAGCAAUUGUAUGAUUCCUUUUAAAUUUUUGUGCAACCUGUGAUUCAGCAGAGCACAACAUGCUUUGACUAGCCAGGCAUCAGCAUCGGCUAUGGCAGUAGUGCUUGUUAAAACAAAUGAAGAGAAGCUUGGAGUUGAAGGGACUCGAAGAGCAUAACAUGUUGAUUUGAUGGGAACCUUUUGAUCUUUCUCGCUGUACAUUGGUGCAAGGUUUACAAGAAUGCACCGUAGUGACAGUGGGCCUGAUCUCAAAUACUAGCACACAUGUAUGUUCUUCUUUUUCAGUCUUACAGGAAUGCAUAGUCCUAUACAGUAGUUUUUGAAGAAUAACAAAAUCAGUUAUAAGGCUAUAGGUCAUUUUCCUCCCCCGUCUUGCCAAUUUAAUGUGCUGUUCUCAGAGGCUGUAAAAUGGUCACUUCUUUAAAUCUGCCACUCUAUAGGAAUACCUAUCAGAUUAUGCUGUAUUCCAGAUUUCCAUUUGUAAACUCAUUCUGUGAUGGUUUAGACAACAUUGCGCUGUAUAUGUACGUAUGUCCACUAAGGCUUUAUACCUGACCAUUCUGAAUUGAGCUACAACAGGGAAGGUGGAAUGCCUUUCACUAAACUCACCUGUGCUAAGGUUUGCCCUUCAUAUGGGUGUUGCUGUAGUGUAAACAAAUCUAUAUACUCAUUUGUCACAUGACAGGUUUUGUAAGAGAUACUACUAACAAACAUGACACAUGUAUGGUUAAAAAAAACAUAUGCAAAAAAAAAAUAAUAAUUUUAUGACUAUUAUAAAAAUAUUUAUUGCCUUUCUCUGUAAAUACAACCU